ACAAGUGGCCUGACCUGGCUCCACCCUCGGUCUGCCGGGACAAGUUUAUCUUGUGACUGUCGGGCUGCUUUCCCUUCCUAGAUUGCACAGCGUUCAUGCCCAGGAUGAGCUUCCUGACCCCCACGAUCCUGCUGCUGGCGCUGGUCGCCGCCACCCAGGCCGAGCCCCUGCACUUCAAGGACUGCGGCUCUAAGGUGGGCGUUAUAAAGGAAGUGAAUGUGAGCCCGUGCCCUACCCAGCCCUGUCAGCUACACAAAGGCCAGUCCUACAGUGUCAACGUCACCUUUACUAGCGGCACUCAGUCCCAGAACAGCACGGCCUUGGUCCACGGCAUCUUGGCAGGGGUCCCAGUCUACUUCCCUAUUCCUGAGCCUGACGGUUGUAAAUGUGGAAUCAACUGCCCCAUCCAGAAAGACAAGGUCUACAGCUACCUGAAUAAGCUGCCGGUGAAGAGCGAAUAUCCCUCUCUAAAACUGGUGGUGGAAUGGAAACUUCAAGAUGACAAAAAGGAUAACCUCUUCUGCUGGGAGAUCCCAGUAGAGAUCAAAGGCUAGGCUGCUUGGUGCCCUGUGUCUGUGCAGGGUGAGAGGCCAUGGGCGGAGGGAGGGGAAGGAAGAGAAAUCAGACCUGAAAUUGAGUCGGUGCCAUAAGACGAACAGAACUUCAAGAAUGCUGUUUUAUGCCUUUCAGCCUCCAAAAACAUACCUGCAGCCCUACUACUCUUGAGAGCCAGAGCCAUGGCCCCCUGAGAUAGCCUUUGUGGAGGCUUCGGGAGGGAAAGGGGAGACUGGAGAGAUUAGAUUAGUGUCCAUGGCUGUUUGCUGUUGGAUUACGUCGGCAGGUCCAGGCAAGAUGAGGCAGGGAUGCUUGAGGAUGUCAGAUAACCUGUCAAUCCACUGUGAAGGAUGGCUUCCCAGAAUCUUCUGGCUGGCCGGGAGUAUUACCUCUUCUGUAUCUAAGUGCCUCCUGAGUCCCAAGCACCCUGCUUAUCGAUCCGAUGAGUCUCCAUGGUAGCCUCUGCCCAACGCUUCAACAGCAGUGACUAACUCUCCAUGGUCCAGAGACGGCCUGAGGGAAGGUCUGCGCAGAAACUUAGCUCUGACUGGCUGCUGCUUUGCGGUUAGCUCUUGUUCUUUGGUAGUUUUCAUUAAAGCCAAUACUUGGUUGCAGGUGCUUGGUUUUGUUUUUUAACAGUAUUAGUCUGUAUCCUCUCUCCGCACGUGAGAUGGAGCCUCCCCAUAAAUUCUAACUUGCCA